GGGUUUGCGCUAAUGUAUGGGUGGCGGGGGGUGCUUCAUGUGCCUGCAAGUCCGAGAACAUCAGAUGUGAUGGGAGCUUUGCAUCUCAGGAAAGGGUUGUGAUGAAUGCGAUCUGCGUGUUCCUCAGUCAGCGUGUGCGUAUGUGUAUGUGCGCGUGUGAGAGACAGAGAGAGAGCAGGAGAGAGCGAUAGAGGGAGCAAGCAGGAGAGAGAAAAGCCAGUGAGAAAGGAGAGAACACAGAGUGUGUGAAAGAGAAAGGUGUCUUUGUAAAACAGGAGUGUUUCACUGGAAACUACAGCCAUGGAAACUACAUCAGAGGACAACCAAGAGCAGAGCCAAGACAAAAAAGGGUGCUUUGAAUGCUGCAUCAAGUGUUUGGGCGGUGUUCCCUACGCUUCCUUGGUCGCCACCAUCCUCUGCUUCUCCGGCGUGGCCCUCUUUUGUGGGUGCGGCCAUGUAGCGCUCACCGGUACAGUCACCAUCCUGGAAAACCACUUCUCCAAAACAUUUAGCGAUCACGCAAUGCUGACUGACGUGGUGCAGCUAAUGCAGUAUGUUAUCUACGGCAUUGCCUCAUUCUUCUUCCUGUAUGGCAUCAUCCUGCUGGCCGAAGGCUUCUACACGACCAGAGCUGUCAAGGAGCUCCGCAGCGAGUUCAAGACCACAGCAUGUGGCCGCUGCAUCAGUGGCAUGUUUGUGUUCCUGACCUACAUCCUGGGUGUGGCCUGGCUGGGAGUCUUUGGCUUCUCGGCGGUGCCUGUUUUUCUCUUCUACAACAUGUGGUCCACCUGUGCCGCCCUGAGGUCCCCGGUAGCCAAUCUGACAUCCGAGGACUCCAUCUGCAUCGAUGUGCGGCAGUAUGGGGUUAUUCCAUGGACUGCAACUCCCGGGAAAGCCUGUGGAGCUACACUGAGUGACAUCUGCGACACCAGUGAGUUCUAUCUCUCCUAUCACCUGUACAUAGUAGCCUGUGCUGGGGCAGGAGCCACUGUUAUCGCCCUGAUCCACUUCCUCAUGAUCCUGUCAGCCAACUGGGCCUACCUUAAAGACGCUAGCCACAUGCAUGCGUACCAGGACAUCAAAACCAAGGAGGAACAGGAGCUGCAAGAUAUCCAGUCCCGUUCAAAGGAAUGCCUCAAUUCCUACUCAUAAAGAUUUCCCAGGCCCACCCUCCCCUUUCUCUUGCCCACUCUAGGUGCCAGAUGAAGACAAAACACACCUUCAGUUAUGCCCAGUAACCCUAACAUGCGGCACUAACACAGCCCCUAACAGCUAGUGCAUCAGCAUCAUUUUCUGCAUUAAUCUGCCAUGACACCGGGAAGAGCCGUAGUUUUUGUUUAUAUGUACAUAAAAUCAUAUGUGCGUAUAUAUAUAUAUAUAUAUAUAUAUAUAUAUAUAUAUAUGUGUGUGUGUGUGUGUGUGUGUGUGUGUGUGUGUGUGUGUGUGUAUCCUUUUUACCUUUUUAAUUGUUUGGAGUACGUGUUUCAGAAUGAUCUUCUUCUGUUCCUAUCUCUGCAAUGUACCGAUAAACCUUGAGACAUUGCACUCUGAAGAAAGAGUUCAUGCUAAUGAUUUGCCAUGUUUUAGGAGAAGAAGCUGUUUCCUUGAAGGUUUAUACUUUGUUGCACAAGAAAAGGAGCAUACAUUUCGAUAAGUACACAAAAUUAGCGCAAUGUGUUUUACGUGCAUGACUGUCUGUAUGUAUCACCUUGACUUUAAAGGGAGGGAAUCGCUGUACCGAAACGAGUGUGGAGAUGUGCUGUUGUCGGGGGAGCAAUGCAUGCAUUGUAUUUUGGGAAAUGUAGUUUUAAGUGGUCUAGUGGAAACAUCAGUUUGACAAAUAUUCCUGUUUUUCAAACAACCUUUAGUACAUAGUGAAACAUGGUAUAUAAAUUUCUUUCCAUUUGUAUAAAGACUCCAGCAUAUGUCUGCCUGUUUAAGAAAAAGAAUUAUGCAAUAUUGAUGAUGAGUUUCCCUAAACGUACAAUGACCUAAAAUGUUGACCAUUUUCAAUCUACCUCAAGUUCAAAUGUCAAAUACUAACACUGAUGAGACUUAUUUGGGUGAUUUAACCAGAAAAACCAGAUAGGUCGAGCAGUAUGUAUUCAUAGUAUUAUUUACUAAAACAGAAAAAAUAUUUGUAGUGCUGCAUUUAUAUUGUUAUAUGCAGCUUUUACCCGAAGAAAAUCCAUGCUGCAAACCAUAUUAAUUUAUAUUUUUAUUAAUAUUGCUCAUUUUCCAUGUCUUGGAAGUUAGAGUGGAAACAUGUAUAGUGUUGUCUGGCUCUACAGAAAAAAAAAUACUGGACAGAAUAACAACAACUAAAGAAAUCGGGAGGCAGUAGUGGUUCAAAUUUUUUAAGUAUCUCAUAUUCCCUUCAAUUUUUUUAUUUUGCAUUGAAAUUACAAAAAUAAAGCAUAGCAUGAAAAAAGGCAGCAUUAAGUGAACUGAUUGUGAUAGCAGGAAUUGCAUUGACAACAUUUUCUGUUCUAAAACAUAAUGGUAAUCACUGCCUUCUUCAGCUGGUUCUGAAUGCUCCUUGGUCGAUUAUUAAUGCAUUCUAAUCUCACCCUCACCUUGUGUAAAGGGUGUAACCUCCAAGUCUCUUUCCUUGUCAUUUUUAAAAUUUUGAUCUACAAUCAAGUAUUACGUACUGCGACCAUUCCCACAGCAGACUUGAGUAUGUGGAUCUUUUGAAAAGGUGAGAUUACAGAUUACAGUGAAGGUCGGUUUAGACCAUGACCUCAUACUUUCUGUAGUUAGAUCAUCCCCCAGAAGAAGCAUAACUGACCAAACACAAUAUGAAUAUGUUAUAUGUGAAGAAUUUUUUUAUUUUAAUAUUUUUAAACACAUCUAAACCUUGAAAUGAAGACUUAUUUUUGAACGCUGUAUUUCUAUGUUGCUUUAAUGUAUGAAGGCUUAAAUUCUGAUGUAAAUCACUGAUUUGUUUUUCUUUAAGUAGAAAAUAAUGUACUGGGAUGUUUUGGUGUUUCUUCAUUAUUGCAUGAAAAGAUGAUGAUAGAGGUGAUGUGUAGUCAUUUGUACUGACAAAAAAAUUGUAGCCAUUGUUUGCCCAUAUUUUAUUUUUUUUAUUAGUUUUAUUUUUAUUUUAUUUCUGACAACCUUUUAUGUCAAAUGCAUUGUAGUCAUAGUUUUUUUGUUUCUGUCUUCGUUUUUUUUUUUUUUUUAAUAAAAUUUAUUAAUUCUUUAUAGUGCCAAUUUGUAAUGUUAUAGUAAACUGAUAUUUUCUACAACUGCCAACGAGGUUUCAUGUGUUUUGUUGGAGUACAUAAUGGCCAUUUUCAGAGUGAAAUAAGACCCUUCAUCAUUCUAGUGUGUCUUGAUAAAACAUAUAUCUGUUUUGUGAAUGAACAGAAACAUUUAAUGUCAAUGGAGCAGAACUUCUCAAUUUAUUUUUGUUUCUUUGAUAAUAGAAAAUACGGUCAGCAGAAUUGUGUACAUGUUCCACAUAUGUGAAAUGUUAACAUACAGUGCCCACAGAAAGUCUUGGGAUGCUUGCCUAAUCUGGUAAAAAAAAUUGCAAAUUUAUUUAUUUAUAUAACAGAAGUCAUUACUUUAUAUAUUUGAAACAACAAAUUUUAGGUAAAAGAUUUAUUUCAAGUAGUGAUAAAUUGAAACCCAAAUUAUACUUCUAAAAGAGCUGAUAUGAAUUAUAAAGUUAGUUGACAAGCAUUCUCAUUGGUUGAUUUAUAAUUAGUAACACCUUUGCAGUAACAUAAAACACCAAACAUCACUGUUCUGUUUAGUAUCCCUUUGGAAGCCAGUGGCUAGAACAUAACUGAUUCAGUCAAAAAAAUUAUGACUCUUAAAAAGAAAAUGUAUGUGCAGAAGAUAUGGACAGAUAUGUUAAAUAUUGCUUGUCUAUGGACUUUUGCUGUGAAAGCAAUAGAUUUGCAACAUUUUUACAAAAUUAAGCAAGAGUCACAAGACUUUCUGUAAGCAUUGUACAUGAAUUGAUUACUUGAUAAAUAUAGUACACAAUUUCCUUUAAUUUUUGGUAAUUAUGCACUUAAGCACUGAUUUUUAAUGGUUAAUUCAAUGGGCACUGGUCAAAGGCUAGAUUAGCGAGUGUCCUCUUGAGGCUGUGAAGGAUUGUAGAACAAUGAAGAACUACAGGCAAACAAACAGCUUUGUAUACUUAGCGUACAAAUGUUCAAUAAAAAUGAAAAUGAAAUGACAAUA